AAUUGUGUGUCAUCGUUCGCCGGUGCGCUAGUAGUCGUCGUGAUUUGUUGCCGGUUGCGUGUGUGCGAGUGCGUGUCCCGUGUCUAGUAAGCAAAAAAAAAAAAAGCAGCACAAAAUGGUGGUGGCCAAAAAGUGGAUCUACGCGAAGCCGUUCGAGGGCCUGCCGAAGGACGAAAACUUCCGGCUGGAGGAGGAAACGCUGCCGGAACCGGGCGAGAAUGAGUUUGUUGCAGAGGCCGUGUUCCUGAGCGUCGAUCCGUACAUGCGCCCGUACAUGGCCAGCUAUCCGGCCGGCACGGUCAUGAUCGGGGGCCAGGUGGCGAAGGUGACGGCCAGCCGGCACCCCCAGUUCCCGGUCGGUGCGACCGUGUUCGGCAACUUUGGCUGGCGGACGCACACGCUGGUGAACCCGGAGCAGGGCGCCGCCGACAGCCGGCCGUACGUGCUGCCCCCGUUCGGGGCGCACCCGGCGUCGCUCGGGCUCGGCGUGCUCGGCAUGCCGGGCAACACGGCCUACUUCGGCUUCCUCGAGCUGUGCCAGCCGAAGCAGGGCGAGACGGUGGUGGUGAGCGGGGCGGCCGGUGCGGUCGGCAGCCUGGUCGGCCAGAUCGCGAAGAUCAAGGGCUGCCGGGUGGUGGGCAUCGCCGGCUCGGACGACAAGUGCGGCUGGCUGCGGGAGCUCGGCUUCGACGCCACCAUCAACUACCGGCAGGUGGAGCGGGACGCGUUCGCGGACGCGCUGCGGGCGGCGGCCCCCGGCGGCGUGGACUGCUACUUCGACAACGUGGGCGGCUACAUCUCCGAGGCGGUGCUCGGCCAGAUGAACCUGUACGGGCGCGUCUCGGUGUGCGGCACGAUCUCGAACUACAACGCGGAGCGGGCGCAGGUCGCCGACCCGCAGCGCCUGUUCGUGUUCAAGCAGCUGCGCCAGGAGGGCUUCAUCGUGACGCGCUGGGCGAAGCGGUGGAUGGAGGGCAUCCGGCAGAACCUGCAGUGGAUCGAGGAGGGCCGGCUGCGCUACCAGGAAACGGUCACCGACGGGUUCGAGCAGAUGCCGGCCGCCUUCGUCAGCAUGCUGACCGGGGGGAACACGGGCAAGGCGGUCGUCAAGGUGUAAAAACGUACACGCCAACACGCACACACAACCAUCAAUCAACACACACACACACACAUGCAAUCGCGCAAAAGAGAAUAAAAAGUGAGUACCGUUUUCGUUGGUGCAAAUCAGA